GUGGUGCAGGAUGGAACCACAAUCACAGCUGUCAGAACCAACACCAUCAUCGGAUCGACCCAAUUGGCUCAACUUACCGACGUGAUGAGACAAUUCUGCGAGACAGAAAAUUUCGGCACCGAAUAUCAAGUCGCCGGGAUGUCGGAAGAUCAUCGAAAGGCCGUCUCAAUUUUAGACGGUGAAACCCGGAAGUUGAAUGUGGGAUAUGAAGUGCCCAUUACGUGGCGAGAAGGGGAGCCGAAUUUAAUGUGCAAUCGUCGGAUGGCCGACGAUCGGUUCAAGAGUCUGCUGCGCCGAUUUGAACGUGAUCCAGAGUUCGAAGCCGAUUACAGAAAAGCCAUGCAGAAGAAUUUUGAAAAGGGCUACGCAUCUAUACUAUCCGGUAUAGCUGCAGAAGAAGCGAAAUACUUCCUUGCGCAUCAUGGAGUGUACAAGGGUCCGAAGCUUCGUGUAGUUUUUGACGCUGCGGCGCCCUUUAAAGGAAAGUGUUUAAACGACGCCAUACUGAGUGGACCAGCUUUACAACCAGUGUUACCGGCCGUAUUGACCCAGUUUCGAGAGGGAGAAGUAGCUUGGGCUGCUGAUGUGGAGGCCAUGUUUAGUCGCUUCCGUCUUCGCCCCGCCGACGCUAACUACUUUUGCUUCUUGUGGAGGGAGGUGGAGUCAGCUGAAACAAUCGUCUGCCGUAUGGAUCGCCUUCCGUUUGGAGCCACAUGUUCCCCUUUUAUCGCUAUCCAUACCUGCCGUCGAGCCGCGAUUGAUGCAAAGGCGGAUGAGAAAAUUGUGGAGGUCAUCAAGAAAAAGGUAUACGUCGACGACUAUUUAAGUUCAGCCAGUUCCGUCAGAAAAGGGUUGGAGGAAGCUGUUGUCGUCGAGAAGAUACUGUCCGCCGCCGAUUUGCAUCUCCAAGGGUGGAUUUCGAAUUCACCCGAAUUUGUCCAGUCAAUCAUAAAGCGCGACGCAUCAGAUUCAAGCAAAGCCACUCCGCCACCCACCAGUCAUUCACUUUCGAAUACCGAGAGCGGUAAGGUGCUCGGCCUGGUUUGGAACACACUAACAGAUUCUCUAGGUUUCAGAGUGGAGAAUCUGGAGGAGAUUGAAUUCACCCGUGCCGGAAUCGCCAGCAAAGUGGCCAGCAUCUUUGAUCCUCUGGGAACGGCAGCCCCUUUAAUUGUAAAGGCGAAAAUUCGUUUACGAUCUCUCGGGAUGAAAGGAGUGAAUUGGCUUGGAGCAGUGGACGAGAGCGACGAGAGCUGGUGGAAGUGCUGGUUUGCUGUCGUCCGUCAACUAAUCAACACAUCUUUGGAUCGCUGUCUGUUUCCGGAAGAACACGAGAUCGAGAAUUCACAGCUGCACACCUUCUGCGAUGCGUCCGAAGAAGCCUACGCCGCCGUUAUUUACGUGCGGAAUGCCUACCGUGACGGAAGGAUCCGCAUCAAUCAGAUCAAGGCCAGCAACAAGUUGGCGCCGAAGAAAACGAUUUCCGUCCCUAAGCUGGAAUUGAAUGCUGCUCUUUUGGGUUCCAGAUUAGCCAGAUUUGUCAGCAGCUCUAUUAGCCGCAAAAUCGAUAAUCGAUUUUUUUGGACCGACAGUAGCACCGUCCGGAACUGGAUCAGAGCCACAGCCUCUUACUACCAGGUUUAUGUAUCGAAUCGUGUGGGAGAAAUCCAGACGCUGACCGAGCCGGAGGAAUGGCUCUUCGUCCCGGGCAAGCUGAAUCCAGCAGAUGAAGCCACUCGAUCGGUCAUUGAAGGAGAAGGUCUCUCACAACGCUGGCUGAAUGGUCCCGAAUUUCUCUUCCAGCCGGAAUCAGAAUGGCCUCAAGAUCUUCCUUGGAUUGCUGUUCCGGACGAGAUGCGUACCUGCCGAACUUAUGCAGCUCAACUAGCAACAGAUGUUUCCGAUUGGUCCGACAUCCCACUGAAUCAAUCCAACAUCUCAGAAUUCCUCAAGCUGGAGGGCCCCUCCUACCAGUUGAUCGAGAGAUGCCAAAAAGAGAGUUUUUAUGAAGAGAUAAACUGUUUGAAGAAAGGAAAGGCUAUUCGUCCUACCUCCCAUCUCCUCCAGCUCAGCCCAUUUUUAGGACCGGAUAAUUUAUUACGUUUGGGCGGGCGGAUUGGCCACGCAAAAUUGCCGUACGACUCCAUCCAUCCACCGAUUCUACCCAGUAAGCAUCCGCUGACGGAAAGGUUGAUUGCCGUUCUCCACGAGCACACACAUCAUGCUGGAACGAACUUUCUCCUCGCGAAGAUCAAUCAGCAUUUUUGGAUCGUGAGGGGAAGAGAAACUGUGAAGAAGAUCCGGCAAACCUGUCCGGUGUGCAUUCGAGAGAGAGGAGCUCCUGUUGGUCAGCAAAUGGGAGAUUUGCCAGCCUUUCGUUUGGACUCUUACUCUCCGCCAUUUUCUCAUGUCGCCAUAGAUUGUUUCGGACCAUUGGAGACCAGCCCUGGGAGAAAUAGAGUAUUCAAGCGUUACGGCGUCAUCAUUACCUGCUUGGUGACUAGAGGAGUCUUUUUAGCGCUCGCGGAAUCUCUCUCCACUGAAGACUUUUUGCUAGUUUUUCGGCGCUUCAUAGGUAUCUACACCAAACCUGCAACCGUCCACUCGGACAACGGGACUAAUUUCGUGGGAGCCGAGAACGAGCUUAAUUCAUUUAUUCAAGAAUUGCCAAAGAGUGGAGCGUUUCAACAGUUCCUGAAGGUGAAAAAUAUCGACUGGCGUUUCCAACCUCCGCGUGCUCCUCACUUUGGAGGCGCACAUGAAAGUCUCGUUCGCUCAACAAAACGGGCGCUCUACCGGGCUCUGGAAAUCGAGAAGGCUGGUUUGCGGUAUCCGACAGAUGAAAUGCUUCGUACUCUAUUGGCAGAAGUUGGUGGGAUGCUUAACGCCCGUCCUCUAACUUACACCAGCACGGAUCCAGCGGAUUUUCGGCCUUUAACUCCAAACGAUUUUUUGAAUCGUCCGCCGACUUACGACUUACCGCCAGGAGAUUUCUCACACGCCCUGCCCCGGGAGCGUUUUCGAUAUGUGCAACGCACAGCUCAACUCUUUUGGGACCUCUGGACCAAAUUUUAUCUUCCAUCGCUCGUUCCGCGGAAAAAGUGGAAGACUAAACAGCAGAAUCUCGCUAUAGGAGACGUCGUGUUGAUGAUCGACUCCAAUCAGCCCCGCGGUCAAUGGAAGCUCGGACAUAUAAUCAAAACUUUCCCUGGAGAAGACGGCCUGGUCAGAGUGGUCGAGGUCCAAGCCGACACCGGAAUUUAUAAGAGAGCUGUUCAUCGCCUGUGUCUUCUAGAACGUGCGCCGAAGGAUUCCUCUACGAUCGAGAAUAGUCAAGCUGAUCCAGCGGAGGCGAGUAGGAAGAUCUCAACUGCUCAUUGUCAUCGCCUCAGAGCUUAUUAUUGUUCUAUUUCACCGUAACUGACUCAUCGAUGUUGCGUUUCGAUUCGGGGGAGAAUGUUCCGGCGAAAUUAUGUUUGUGUCGAUUUAUCGCAAUCUGGCAACACUCUUUUCCAUUUCUUUCCCGCUGUCAGAAAUACGCCCUAACAUUCGUCUGCCUCUCGUUUCUAUGUCAGGUUGUCAGAGUUUGAGUUCUUCUAAAUCACCGGCAUUUACGUUUCUUUCUGUGAUUUUGUUCCAUUUUUCUGUCUAACAGAGCUCAACUGUCUUGAGAUAUUCUGCAUUCUGUCAGUUUAUUCCACUGUGUGAUUCGUUCUAUGGUCUACAAAGCUUGCAAGCAACUUAUGUUUUGUCCUUGCUUCGCAGGCACCAUCGUUAACUCUUACAGUCAUACUGCCAUUC